CAGACGCCCUCUAGCGGUGGAGUCGCGUGCACGCGCAGAGGAGUGGCCGCUUGGUUUGUGCCCAUUUUAAGUCAAUGCCUGUCAUUGCGCUCCUCUCACACACACACACAAUCUGUUAUCUUCUACUGGACAUUCCUCCAGACCGCGCACAUUACAACUUCAACCUCAACUCCGCUCGAGAGAAUGUCCGUGUCUCUGUCCUACACUUCAUCUCCACUGCUCUCCAGCGUGCCCGCGCUCCCCGGUGACGCGAACGCCACGUCAUGCCAGGACUGGGCCCAGUCUCAUCACCUGCUGUUCCACCUGGCCCACCUGAGCCUCGGAGUGGGUCUGCUGAUCCCCACCACCCUCACACUGCACAUGAUCCUGCUCAGACUGCUGCUGAUCACGGGCUGCUCUCUGCUCAUCGCCUGGGCCGCGCUGUACAGAUGCACACUGGAUGUGAUGGUGUGGAACGUGGUGUUCCUGCUGGUCAACUUCAUGCACUUCUUCUUCCUGCUCUAUAAACGCAGACCGAUUAAGAUCGACCGGGAGCUGAAGUCAGUGUACAAGCGCAUGUUCGAGCCGCUACACGUGCGAGAAGCUCUGUUUCAGAGACUCACCGGCCAGUUCUGCACCAUCCAGACCCUGAAGAAGAGCCAGAUCUACGCGGCCGAAGACAAGACAUCCGUGGACGAGCGCCUCAGCAUUCUCCUCAAGGGGAAGAUGAAGGUUUCGUACCGCGGCCAUUUCUUGCAUAAUAUCUACACCAAUGCCUUCAUCGACUCUCCUGAGUUCAGGUCCACUCAGUUGAACAGGGGAGAGAGGUUUCAGGUGACGAUCACCGCUGAGGAGAACUGCAAGCUCCUGUGCUGGUCCAGGGAGCGUCUGACGUACUUCCUGGAGUCCGAGUCGUUCCUGAACGAGGUCUUCCGGUACCUCAUCGGCAAAGACAUCACCAACAAGCUCUACUCGCUCAACGACCCAACCCUGAGCGACAAGGCUGUGAAGAAGAUGGACCGCCAGCCGAGCCUGUGCUCUCAGCUCUCCAUGAUGCAGAUGAGGAACAGUAUGGCGAGCACCAGCGACACCGACGACGUGCUCAACCAGAUCCUGAGAGGCGGAUCCACCGGAUCCUCACUGCAGAAAAAUCCUCUGCCAAAAGGAUCCACGACUAUGAAGCCAAUAGAAGAAGGAAUGGAAGAUGAUGUUUUCGAGUCUGAGUCCCUCAACACUCGCCCGAGAGAAGACGUGUGACGCGCUUCAUCACCUCACGCUUCACUGUACGCUCUAUAGAAAUGAAUGGAAAAUGCAUUGAAAAGAAAAAUAAUUCAGGCUCACGAUCAGAUUACACUCUUCUGGAUAGAGAUCCUGAUCAAAUGAGAGUUGUUUUAGUAUUACAGAAUUAACAUUGGAUACUAACACAUUUAAUAUAAUAUAGUCCUGAGCAUUUUAAAUGAAACUGCUGUCAGAUAUAUUUUGACAACAUUUUGGAGAACUGAAAUAUCUUUACAAUUUUUAAAGCAGACCUAUUUUGCCCUUUUACAAAGUCUUGAUGUUGUUUCAGGCUCUACUAGAACAGGUUUUCCUGCUUGAAUGUUGAUUAUUUCCUCAUAUUCUCCAUUUUUGCAGCUCCUCUCUUCCCAGUCUGUCAGUAACGCUCUGUUUACUUCCUGUCUCUAUGAAGCCCCUCCUCCUGAAAAGCACACUGUGCUCUGAUUGGUGGGCUAGAUCGGUGUGUUGUGAUUGGUCGAGUGUGUUUGGGAAAUGUCCCACCCCUUACCAAAAGUGCCAGUUUAACACACUACUAACUAACUCAACUAGGCCCCGCCCCUUUAUUCUGCUUAUGAAUUAUUGUAAUGAGGAAUAUUGUGACGUGUUCGUUCCCGGAAGAAACUCAAGACUACAGUAGAGGCGUUUCAGGAGUUCAGGAACACUGACACUGAUAUAGAGAAGAACUGGAGCUUUUCAUGAUCAAACAGCAACAUUACACACUAAACACAGAUGGGAACAGCAGAAUAGUGCUCUAUUAAAUUAUUUAGAACAGGAUUUAGGAAAAAAUAUAUUUGCUGAGACAGUGAGUUAACUACAAUAUGCUAAUUGUGUGAUUAAAUGUGGGGGAGCAGAACUACAAGCUUUUCCUCUUAAUAAAUGUAUCAGGUUUUCGUACGGGAGCUUAUUCAGUGAAAUAAUGGAUUAGAUGCAGCUUUACAGGGGUGGUAAAGAACCAGGCAACAACUAACGUUUUUUUAAACUUUCUAAAAGAUUAUUGCAAGGCAUUGCUGUACUAAUGUACACGUGGAACUCAACAGUGUUGACUCCUUCCAUCAGUAAGAUUUACAUUUCUCUGAAACAGUUUUCAUGCACAUAUAUCAUGUCAUGUUUUCUUGUGUGAUGUGUUAACAGUCAAUAUUAUGUUCAAAUUAAUUGUAUUAAGACACUUUAGCAAAUAUGUGGAUUUUCUCACAGCAGUUUAAAUUAGUGCAUUUGAAUUUAUCGUAUAAUGAACUAUAUGAAGAAUGGGUCACAUAGGGUUAAGCAAUGAUGAAGUGUUGCAUAGGUUUUAUUGAAUGUCUGGUUUGAAGCUUUUUCUGUGAUAAUUGUAAUGUGACGUGUGUGUUGUUAAAGUCAUACAGAUUCGUGAAAACACUUUUUUAAAUUAAAGUUUGACACUA